CUUUUACUAAAAUAUCACUAAUGGUUUGGGCCAAUACUCCAUUUAUAACAAAUGCAGAUGAAUUGGCUCAUUCAAAUAUUAAUCAAAGUGGUUGUGAAUUAUCUUUAUUAGCAGCUAUUUAA